UAAAACUGUAUGACCGCCUCCACUUUGCAAAGGAAACACUUUCUGGAUAAUUUGUGAUGUCUCUGAAAAUGUUUCAAAUUUUGGUGUCUGCUCUGCUGUUUACAGCUUCUAUUUCAGGGGUCCUUGGAGCACCUUUUCUGACAGAAGAAUCAGCAAAUCAAUUUAUACGACUUAAACGACAGAUACCAUAUUCUCAGAGCUACUGGGACCCAAGCAGCAGCCAGAAUGCGUGGGGAUAUGCUCUGGCUGAACAGGUUAGUGAAUCAUGGACAGCAUUGAGAGACAUAGCACAAUACUACAUGGACUUGAGUUCAUCUGCCUUUCAUCCUUCGAUUGCCAGCGACAACAUCAGAUCUUACAUGGACAUGCUACAGCAGUCUGGGACUCAUCUCCAGCAACAGACGAGGAUGAGCUAUUAAAUUCUACACAUCUCGUAUCUGGCCACAUUAGGAUAUGGCAUGUUUUGGUUUUGUCGUUAUGCAUUUGAUAAAUGGCUUUAUCUCAUCGCACUGCCUAAACUAAAAUUAACACACUAAUUCUCUCAGUAUUGCAUAUUUUAUAUUCAUAAGUAGAAGUGAGAUUUAAUUCAUAGUAAAUUGAAUAAGAAGUUGAAGACAAGGCAACCAUUAACUUCUAGCAGAUCAGGUUUAAAGAAGCCUCGUUUUCUUACUAAACAGUUGAUUUAAAACAUACAUUCUUGCUGCUGUGACCAAAACCCACAUUUUUUAUUUCUCAGUGUUUUGCUUUAGCUAAACUUUUGAGAGGCAGUUAAGGCAAGGAAAUCAGUCACUUCAGGUGAGUAAGAGAAGCAGAGUGCAUUUGCUCCAAGUUUGUUAAUUAAGAGUAGUAUACUUCUGUACUUCAUGUGUGUUUCCUUUUUUUUUUAAGUCCUGGAGCCAAUUUAGUAAGCAUUAUAGUGUACAUUCAUAUUGUGUAUGCUUUGCUUUCCACAUUUAAACUUCUGUACUUGGUCCUGAGCACCAAGAACAGUGAACUGUGAGUUGCUUUUUUCAUACUCUGGAAAUAGGAGUUAGUGGAAACAGUCACAACUCUUUUUCUAAUAAAAGUGGUGAUGACAAAAUAUUCUUUCUGCCAAGUUCUUAAGUAUGGAAGUUUCCCCAUUUCUAUCUGUUAAUCUACCUUCUUUCAGGAUGUCUUUGAAGGAAGGACUGGGCUCCACAUUUCUUUUAUGUAUUAUUAAUAUAUUGCUAGCAGUCAAAAGCUUUCAACCUUGGUCAAAAUUUCUGCAUGGACAAGGAGGACUUGUUAAGGAAACCAAAAUCUGUGAUAACCUUGAGGGGAGGCUAGGUGAAGGCAGGCGAUUUUUUUCCUCACUUUUUAUCCCCAAAGAGCAGGUUCUCUGUGUUGUGCAUUCAGGGUGCUUUGUGAAUAUGGACUGUAUACUGACUGGAACAAAUACAAAAGUAAUGAUGGGUCUUCUAAAAAGAAAUGCAUCUUCAGGCAUUUGGGUGGUCUCUGCCAUGCUUCUAGGUAUGAAGCUAUCCUUAGGCCAUUAUUAAUUUCCCUGCACAGGACAAUGGGCCUGAAAUUACCACUAUUCAUUAGCUGAAGCUGAAAAUUCAUUAAACACUUGAAAGAGAUAAAUGAGGUGCAAGUUCAGUAUUUGCCAUGUAGAAUUCCACAUCUUCAGUCACACUACUUAAUUAUGAACAGUUCAUUCAAAGAUAAGGGGUAGUAAGUGAUGCAUAGACUAAAAGACCUCACUAGUGAAACAGUCAUGGCUUGUCCCUUCUGUCCCCUUCCAUGUCCUACUGCUUGGCCUUGGAUAAGCCAGUGCUCCAGAUCCUAAACCUUCCACAAUUUUGAUCAAUAACAGUACAGGCAUGACAGAGUUACCAAAACUCUUCACUUUAUAACAAAAAGCAGGUCUGUAGGGAUAAGCAUUGCUUUUUAUCUUAAAUAGUAAAAAUCAAAGCAUCCACACUUCCAGCUGAGCACCUUGCUGGUCUCAGAGAUAUUGCCGCUCUGCAGGCAGCAACGCACAAGACACUUGCACAUUGGUUCCUGAAUUGCUGCUGUUUUCAGCCCUGACUCUCUAAUUGAUGUUGUUGCUGUCAAGGCAGGAGUUUGGGAUCUGCUUGAGAAUUAUCUGCAGUUUUCAUUCCUGCAGAGUAAGUUAAACCGAGGAGUGUUAACAGCCAGGAACACUGCAGAAUGGGCAAACAAUUCAUGGCACAACAGUUCACCUGGAUGGAUACUGAAGCUCUGCUUGCUCGAUCAGGGAGCAAUGUUAUCCACCUGGCAAAAAGCCACAGCCUCUCAAAGCUCUGCACCCACCAUGAUUGACACGGCUUCCCAGACAGAGCUCCAGUGGGAACAUGCUGCCACCCCGGCGUCAGGCUGCACGGUGUGCCCUGCUCCUAUGCAAAUAUUGGAUGGCAGCAACAAGCACAGCUGUGGGAGGUGAACCCAGGUAGAGGAGCUCCUCCACUCAGCGACACUGUGCUGGGAGGAGGGGAGACGGCUGAGGAGUAUCAGGGAGUCUGAGAGUCAGACUAGUGGUGUUGCAUCAGACAGGCCCAACAGAGAGAGAGAACCCAUGGUAUGGAGAAUUGUCUAUUCUCUUUGUGCCUGGUGGAACAUGGUGACUUAAGUGAUAGGAGGCAAUGGCAAUAAGUUCCUGUUCGGUAAGGUAGGUGCUCCUCUAUCACUACCCCACCUUCCCAGGUGCGCUUGUGUAAUUGGUAUGAGGGGCUCUGCAAGUGGAAGCAAAGAAUAAUGAGGACUAUCUUUCAUCUAGCUUGGAAGUUUUGCUGAGGUUAAGUUGGCCUACACCCUGCAUCAAAACUGCUUUCACAAAGAAACCAAAAAGGCAAGUCGUUGUCAUAGGAGUCUCCCUUCUGAAGGGAAAAGAGGCCCAAUAUACAGACUGGACCAACUUAGGUUAUGUUAGGGAGUGUUUGGAUUAUCUAGAGCUCAAUGAUGGUGAUGAUAGGGUUGGGUGUUAAUAGACAAGAAUCAAGGGGAAGGCCAACAAGGCAAAUAUCGUGGUGGGACUCUGUUACAGACCACCCAACCAGGAUGAAGAGGCAGACAAUAUAUGCUAUAAUAGUUGGGAGAUGUCUCACGAUCACUAAGCCCUUGUUCUCUAGUCCCAUUGUUCAGGGGACUUCAACCCGCCAGAUGUCUGCUGAAAAUAAAAUGCAACAAAGAGGCAACAGUCUAGGAGGUUCCUGGAGUGUGUGGCAGAUAGCUGAUGAGUGAGACAACUAGGGAAGGCACCCCACUGGACCUCUUGUUUGCAAACAGAGAAGGACUUGUGGUUGAUGUGAUGGUUGUAGACUACCUUGAGCAUAGAGAUCACAAAGUGGUAGAGUUUUCAAUUGUUGGAAAAUUAAUGAGGGUGAUCAUCAGGACUGCUACCUUGGAAUUCUGGAGGGCAAACUUCAGCCUGCCUAGGAGCCUGACUGAGUCCCUUGGAAGGCAGUCCUGAAAGGUAAAGAAGUCCAGGAAGGUUGGACAUUCUUCAAGAGGGAAAUCUUAAAGGUUCAGGAGCAGGGUGUCCCCAUGUACUGAAAGAUGAGUUGUCAGGGAAGAUGACUGGCCUGUCUGAACAGAGAGCUUCGUCAGGAACUCAGGAAAAAAAAAAAGGGGAGAGUUUAUGAUAUUUGGAAGAAGGGGCAGGCAACUCAGGAGGACUACAAAGAUGUCGUGAGGUUAUGCAGGGAGAAAAUUAGAAGGGCCAAAGCACAAUUAUAACUUAUUCUGGCUACUGCUAUAAAACAUGACAAAAAGAUGUUUCUGUAAAUACACCAGCAGCAGAAGAAAGGCUAAGGAGACUCUCCAUCCUUCAGUGGAUGCAGGGGGAAACAAAUUGACAAAGGAUGAGGAAAAGAUUGAUGUACUUAAUGCUUUCUUCACAUCAGUCUUAAAUAGCAAGGCCAGUUGUUCUCCAGGUUCCCAGCUCCCUGACCUGGAAAACAGGGAACAGAAAAAAAAGUCCACUUAAUCCAAGGGGAAAUUGUUAGUGACC